AUGCUCAUCGGACGAUUGGACUAAGUCUUAUCUCUGAUUUUAUUUAUUUGCACAAUAAUUUGGAGCUAUUGAUCCAUUCUUGCGAUUAGUGUUGGCCAAACAAUAAUCAUAGAGAUCUCAGGAGCUGGUAUCCCGAUCAUCCUGGCUGCGGAGUAGUCACUAGUGCUGCAAGAUGGUGAUAUUCAUGCUCCACCAGCAGCUGAUCUGAAGUGAGUCUCUUCAUUGAUGUUCCCGGCAACCCCAUCCCCCUGCCCACUGUUUGAUGCGUCCUCUCAAGAUUCUAAACAAUGGCUGCUUCUAUAUUGGCCCACAAGCAGGUUCUCUGACAAGAAGCUAGAAUUUUUGGAUCCUUGGAGAGUGAGUUUCUAUUAGUUUCUGAAUUGAAUAAAACAAUGUUUGAAAGUUACAAAUGCAUGUGGUAGGAAAGAGCAGGUAAUCAACCAAGAUGUUGAUUGACUUGUUUUUAUUCAUUUAUAAUUGAUGUUCAAACAACUUAUGCUUUCAAUGGUGAUUCUUUCAAUAUUAUUAUUAUUAUCCAUAGAAGGGUGUGCAGCAAGACUACUUAUAUAAAAUAGUAGAUAGAUAAGGCUUCUUCACCAACGACUUUCUGGAGAAAAAAAAAGGUUCUGUAAUGGCUACUCUGAUUGCUAUUGAUCAUGGUAACUUCUCUCCGGCCGACGAUGCAGAAGCAAUAAGAAAGGCUUGUGAAGGUUGGGGAACUGAUGAGAAGAAUUUGAUCAAAAUAUUGGGUCACAGAAAUGCAUCUCAAAGGCAUCAAAUCAGGCUCCACUAUGGAGAAAUUUUUAAGGAAGAUCUGAUCAAGCGUUUCGAGUCCGAGCUUUCAGGGGACUUGGAGAAAGCAAUGUAUAGAUGGAUGUUGGAUCCAGCAGAUAGAGAUGCAGUACUUGCUAAUGUAGCUUUCAAGAAGGGCAGUCCUGAAUAUCAUGUAAUCAUCGAAAUCGCUUGCGUUCUAUCCCCAAAAGAGCUCUUUGCUGUGAGAAAGGCCUACCAGAUCCGCUACAAGAACUCGUUGGAGGAAGACUUGGCAUCCCACACCACGGGUGACAUACGCAAGCUCUUGGUUGGCCUAGUGACUGCAUAUAGGUCCACCAUUGAUGAAGUGAAUGCAAGAUUAGCAGACAAUGAAGCUGAGAUUCUUCACAAUGCUAUUAAAGCUGAGGAGUAUAAUCAUGAAGAAGUUAUCAGGAUCUUGACUACAAGGAGCAAGGCCCAGCUUAUGGCGACUUUCAACCGCUAUAGAGAUGACCAUGGCAUUUCCAUCUCUAAGGCGUUAUCGGGUGUUAAAGACAAUGAUUUUGUGAAGGCGUUGCAUACGACUAUUCGAUGCACCAAUGACCACCAGAAGUAUUAUGAAAAGGUUUUGCGCAAUGCCCUCAGGAGGAAUGGGACUGAUGAGGAUGGACUUACUCGUGUGAUCGUUACAAAGGCAGAGAAGGACUUGAAGGACAUCAAGGAGGUUUAUUACAAGCGAAACAGUGUGUCGCUUGAUCAUGAUGUGGCCAAGGAAACUUCGGGUGAUUACAAGGCCUUCCUCCUCACUCUGCUAGGGAAGGAGGAUUGAACUUCUCAUCCAUCAUUUUCAACUUUUAUGUCUUAAAAUGUUGGUGUAUCAGUUUAACUUUGCUGUUGUGAGGCUGUUUUUCCUAUGUCUUUGGUCUUAGAUUUCUAUGUGUGUGUGGCAAAAGUUCUGGUCCUAUUUUCUAAUAAGAAACUGAGAGUUGACUAUCUCUUGGUUUUAUGACUUACUUUAGGCUUAGCUUCAAGUGCAUAGAACUCACUAGUUUGGGAAUUUUCGCCUUUAGUUUCUUCAAGUUACCGUAUCCUUCUUUUUCUCUUA